AUGUUUGUAAAAAUCGUCCUUUCCUGUGCAUUCUUUCAGGCUGUUGCUCGUGCCAAUUACUGCAACCAUGACGGUUGCUCAGGCGUCCCAAUGGGAUGCUGCGACGAUGAUGCUUUGCAGUAUUGCAAUGCCAAUUCUGGCCAGUGCUCUGGUCCUUGUGCAGGGCAAUGGUGUGACGGAUCGUUCUCGUACUGCACAUGGAGUACUUGCGAUGGAGUCAUUCGUUCGACGGAAUGGUGCAAUGCUGGACAGGCAAAUUGUGAGGGGAGCUGUGGAGGAAUGUGGUGUACAAACGGCGGAAGUGUAAGUACUGGCCCCACGACACCAGGUACCACCCCAGCACCUGCACCCCUUCCUGUCCCAACCACUGCUCCCAUCAAUCCGAGCUCUGGAUCCGCCACGACCACAAGAUAUUGGGAUUGUUCCGGUGGCGCCUGUGGAUGCGCCUAUCUGCCAUUUGGACCAGGAACAGACAGUCAACCUUCUCAUUGCCACUCGAAUGCCAUGUUUGCUGCACCAGCUGGGAACCACCAUGAUGCCACUUUCUAUGGCACCGCUGCCGUCUCUCAAGAACUAUUUGGCUACAAUACUCAGUGGCUUGGACCUGGCUGUGGAACCUGUUACAAGUUGACUGGAACCUCCAAUAUUCCAGGGACACCAACCACUACCACCACCAUUGUGCUCAAGGCAGUAAACCUGUGUCCACCCGAAAACCCAGCAUGUUCCGGCGAUAAGGUUCAUUUUGAUAUUGCAGCACCCGGAUUUGAUGUGACCCAGUUUUCGUUUGCCCAUGUCUGUCCUUCCCGUGAAUCCGCUGACGACGCUGGCUUCUCGGCUUGUGAAUUCUGGAUGCUCAACAGUCAAGAUCCGACCCAAAAUUGCGACUGUAGUGCCUUUGACAGCCCGGUAUUGGAAGCCGGCUGCAACAACUUUUUGAGUCUCAAUUGGGACAACCCUACGGUCCAAUAUGAGCCGGUUGAAUGUCCCUUUGAAUUGAAACGCCUCAGCUGUUGGGAGGAAAAUGGAAACCAGUAUCCAUUUGGCAUUCCCGAGUUUUGUGAGAGCAAUGUAGACGACAGCCCCGAGGCUCCGGUUUCUGCUCCAGUUGAAGCACCAGUAUCGGCUCCAACCGAGGCUCCAGUUUCUGUUCCAGUUGAAGCGCCAGUAUCAGCUCCAACCGAAGCUCCAGUACCGGCACCAACUGAGGCGCCGGUGCCUACCGGUACUCCAACUCAAGCUCCAGUUCCCUCACCCACCAACGCACCCAUCGGAGGCGGUGGCUCCUUCUGCUGCUCCAGCAACUACAAAGAUUGCAAUGUGGGUGGAUGGUGUGGAGAAAAUCAAUCGCGAUGUGAGGGCAGUUGCAAGGAUAUGUGGAUCUUACAACAAGGUCACUGCUCCUCUGAUGGAAUUGCAAAAUACGGCGAAUGUACAACUAAUGUCAACGGAUGCUGCGCUCCCGGCAUUUGCAAAGGCAAUCAAUAUUACAGACAGUGCUUGUAA